GAACUACCAGUGCCGUUGAAGGACAAGUAUGGAUGCAUCAGCUUGGGCUUGGUUGCUAUUAUGUGCUUCCAUUAUCUCACAAAGAGAGCUGUUAGCUUGUUUUCUCUUCUGUUGGUCUAGUUCUAUUCAAUCGCACGAUAGUUGCCUUCAACGUCCAAAAUUUGCAGACCUAAAUUAUUCAACACUGCAAAAUUAAGAAGGAAGCUUGGAGUUUAUGAAGGU